GUACAGGAUCAUAGUCCAAGUGAUGAAUGAGAAUGACAACAAGCCUCAGUUUCAAGAGGACACCAUCAUGGCCCAAAACAUCAGCGAGCUGGCUGCAGUGCAUUCGAUUCUUUUCAGCACCCAGGCAGAAGACGCGGAUGGGGACACCAUCAUGUAUGUGAUCGACAGCAACUCGGCUGAUGCCAGAUACUUCCGGAUUGACCUGCCCAACAGUGGCAAGAUAGUCCUGGCGAAACCGUUGGACUUCGAGACCAAGAGGCACCUGGAAGUUGUGAUUCAUGCUGUGGAAAUGAACACCAAGGAGAGGUACAACUCCUCGGCCAGGAUCCACAUCAAUGUGAUGGAUGGAGAUGACCAGUACCCCCAGUUCCUGCCGUGUAACUUCCUGUCACAUGACGGGGUCAGCGUUUGCGUCAGCCCUGUCUACACGACCAACAUCACGGAAAGGGAGAUGAAGACAGGUCCCCUUCUCUUCCUGCCUGGUGCCAUUCACGCUGAGGAUGGAGACCACGAGCUGAAGACCCCCAUCACAUAUUCUAUUCUUGCAGGGACCGACUACGGCUACUUCCACAUCGACAACGUCACAGGGAUCAUCACCAUGUUGCGGCCAGUGGAGAGCAGGAGCCACACUUCUGUUUACAGCCUCAGCAUCAUGGCCUCUCAAGUGAAUGAUGCCAAGAAGUACACAGUGACCGAGGUCCGCGUGAGAGUCCUGGCAGCCAACAGCCACCCGCCGCAUUUUGAGCAGGCCCAGUACCAGGCCUUCACUCACCCAGAUGACAACGCGGCCUCCCUGGUGGUGACCUACAGUGGACGGGUCUUGUUCCUGAAUGCGGUGGACAUGGAUUUUGCUGAUGGCUUCAACCCCCUCAUUCACUACAGCCUGAAGCGCCAGUCCAACCAUUUCGCAGCUGUUCCAGAUCACCCCCAGCGGGCUCCUCGUUGCUCGAGCCAACCAUCUGCACGCCUCGAGAGCUACACCUUGCAGAUCGCUGCCCGAGACGAGGAGUCGGGGGAGACUGCCAAUGUUGCCGUCCACGUGGAGGUGCUGAGGCCAGGCCAGGCAGUCCCCGUGGAUCCUCUGGAGGGAGAACACCAGGGCACCUUGGAUCCCGGAGUCCUGGCGGGCAGCCUGGCUGUGCUCCUCUUGGUGACCGCUGUGGUCCUCUUCCUCAUCCUGCGCGCCAUGAAGAAGAGGCAGAGCCACCAGCAGAGCAUGGAGAGGGCAGCGUUGGCCAUGGAGAAGCACCCCAAUGUGGUCAAUCCCGGGAAGGCAAUUCCCAGUCCGGCGAAUAUCUACUUCCAGAAUGAAGGCUACUGCAGCUUGGGAGAUGAGAUGCCCAAGAGCUACGGGGGCCAAGCGCCGAACUCCAAGCCGGCUUCGUUGCGGAGCCAGACGAGCCUGGCAGGCAGGGAUACCCUCGUACCCAAUUCUUUGAGCAAGACCGAUGUCCAGCAGGGAGCUCCGGCCAAGGCCGGCAUGACCCCCAGGGAGCAGGAGGAAGGGGCCAAAGCGAUGCUGCUCAAUGGAAAGAUGCUGGAGAAGACGAGUUCCGGCCCUCCCUGUCUGGAAGACGGGGCCACGUCUAAAGACGUCGGUACCGAGCCAGCGGCCAGAGGAGCCAGGGUGGAAGCAGAGGUGGUGGAAGGACCAAAGGAGCCGCUGACCUCAAACGCCCAGGCGAGCAUGGAGGAAAAGCAACCAAAGAAGCCGCAAACGGAUGCAGAGAAGCCACCUUCGAGGCCCAGCUCUCAGCAGCAGGAAAAGUCUUUGCAGACAGACCAAACGGAAGGGAGCCCCAGGAAAAUGGAGUCUGGCCCUGAAAGUCAGCCUGCCUCGAGGAACUGUGCGGAUGGCGAAGGGUGCGGGGAGCGCACGAACCCCUCCCAUGCCGCUCCCUGCGCUGGCACCCUGACGGUGACCCCAGGGGUCAGCGACUCCCUCCCGGGCCCAAAGAGGGAACCUAGUACCUCGCUGCCGACCCUGCAAGAGGAGAGCAAAGAGAUCUCGGAGGAGGAAGAUGAAGGGGAGGAGACACCCAAAGCAGGGUCUCCGGCACGUCAAGACCCCCCCGUCUGCCUGGCUGUCAGUAACGUUAGGAUGCCUGCCACCCUUCUACAGCUUCUGGAAGAUUCCAUAGAAUGCUAGCCUCCCCCCCCGCAGCCUCGGCAAACGUGGAGCAGGGCUGGACUGUACGCAGUGCAGACAGUCUCCAUUGCCCCGUGGCAAGAGACGGCGGCCCGCUGUGGGUAACCCCUGCGGCGUGCUCCGAUGCCAUAACUGCGUGUUCUGACGGCAGCCGCUGGACUGUAUGAGACUCAGGAAGAGACAAGAGGGCUCCGUUCCUACAUUUCAUUUGCCACGCGCACUUAUCUGUUGUCUUUUAUUUCCUGGAAGGCCUAGGUGGGAGAUAUA